AUGAUCAAAUCAUUUACAGAAAUCUUUAUUCUUUCAUUUUCUAUCAUUAUAUUUUUUCAACAAAUUAAUUCAGUGAACACUCUUCGUUGUGCUCAUUCAUGUUCAAUCGGUCCUAUUGCAUUAGGUUCUCCAGAUCCAAUUAAAAAUCCAUGCCAUACAGUUGAUAUUAAUAUUACUAAUACAUUUUGCUCAGUUUUUCUUACGAUAAAUUUUGAAACAUCAUAUAUUCAUGGUACUCUUCAUGAAAAAACACGUUUAGUAAAUAAAUUAUCAAUUCUUGAUUUAUCAUCUAUAAUGUUUUCAAGUAAAACAAUUACUUUUAUCAAUUAUUAUUGUGCAACUACAGAUGAUUGUGAUCAAGAAUUCAUACGUGAAACUAUAAGUUCAUCGAAAUGGUUUCAAUUAAAUGAAACAAAAGUACGAACAGAUAUUACUACUUUACUAUUUAAAACAAAUUCAUCAACUGAGAACAUCAUUUGUGAUAAUAAUUCUAUUUGUUUAUGGAAUGAAAAUUGUUAUGCACAAUUUAUUCAAAAUAGUUCUUCUUCACAAAUUAAUCAAAUAAAUUUUAAUAAUAAAUAUUCAUGCGAUAAUAUGUCUUCAUCUCAAGUCACAAUCGAACAAUCUUUUAGUACACCAGGUGACAAUCACGAUUUGAUGAUAAAAAUCUAUUGUAAUAAAAAUGGAUGUAAUCAACAAAAAAUAGUUGAACAAGUAUAUAAUAUUUUUCGAAAUGAUUUCAAUUUACCAUUAAACUAUUCGGCAUACAUAUCUAAACCUAAUAGAUCACAUCGAAUAAAACAUUUCAUUAGUAUUCCAGUAUUUUUGUUUUUUAUUUCUAUAUAUCUUACUUGUAUUGUGUCAUAAAAAGUUUUAUUUGAAAGAAUCUAUAAGAAAUAUCAAUAAAACAUACUGUUGGAUUUUACUGUAUUAAUUCUGUGGCUGUUAUAAACUAUAAAAAU